GCUCUCCGAUUCAUCGGCCCCGACACAAGCCUCUCCCCUUGUUUCCCCCCCGCCCCGCCUGGCCGCCUGCCACCCCUAAGGGGGCAUUGGAUUCCUGUCUCUGGUCUCCCCGCUCAAGCCACCGAGGCCACCCAUCGACCAGUUGGCCCAAUCCACUCAAUCCACUCCACCUCUCGGCCCAGCAACACACAGCCAUCCCUUGAAUCCAUCAAUUCCAUCUCUCUCAACUCUACCUUUCACGCUCCCCCCCCCCUCCGUCCAUCACUCGUCACCCUUCUCCUCCUCCAUCUCUCCUUUCUCUUACUCUUCCUCCUCCUCCCCCUCCUCCUCCUCCUCCUCCUCCCCCGCGACAACCCCCCCGCGCUAAUCGCCCAACAUGGCAACCACCCAUGUCAUCGCCUCAAACCCGGGCGCUCACCUCUCGGGAGGGAGCCACUCUUCCAGCUCGAGCAACAUCGUCGGUGUACACUACAAGGUCGGCAAGAAGAUUGGAGAGGGCUCGUUCGGCGUCAUCUUUGAAGGUACAAACUUGCUCAAUUCUCAGACUGUCGCCAUCAAGUUUGAGCCACGCAAGUCGGAUGCCCCGCAACUUCGAGACGAGUAUCGUAGCUACAAGAUCUUGAGCGGAUGCCCUGGUAUCCCCCAGGUCUACUACUUUGGCCAGGAAGGUCUGCACAACAUCCUGGUCAUCGACCUCUUGGGACCUUCGCUUGAGGACCUCUUUGACAUGUGUGGGCGCAAGUUCUCGGUUAAGACUUGCUGCAUGACCGCUCGCCAGAUGCUCUCUCGCGUUCAAACCAUCCACGAGAAGAAUCUCAUCUACCGAGACAUCAAACCUGACAACUUCCUCAUCGGGCGGCCCGGGACCAAGGGGGCAGGGACAAUUCACGUUGUCGACUUUGGAAUGGCCAAGCAGUACCGUGACCCAAAGACAAAGCAGCACAUUCCUUACCGCGAGCGCAAGAGCCUGAGUGGAACCGCCCGCUACAUGUCCAUCAACACUCACUUGGGUCGCGAACAGUCGCGCCGUGAUGACCUCGAGGCUCUCGGCCACGUCUUCUUCUACUUCCUCCGCGGCGGUCUGCCGUGGCAGGGUUUGAAGGCCGCGACCAACAAGCAGAAAUACGAGAAGAUUGGCGAGAAGAAGCAGUCGACACCGAUUGCAGAGCUCGGCGAGGGCUACCCUUCCGAGUUUGCAAUCUACCUCAGCUAUGUUCGCAAGCUCACUUUUGACGAGACCCCCGACUACGAUUUCCUUCGUGACCUGUUUGCAACCGCACUGGCAAAUGCCGGCGAGGUCGACGACCAGGUGUACGACUGGAACAUGCUUAACGGCGGCAAGGGCUGGGAGGCUGGCACAUCCCACUCGUCGGCCGACGUUCAGAGGCAGCCAACGCGCAACCGCGACAACCGCGGUGACCGUGUUGACCGACUCCGUAACGGGUCUGGCGGUGGUGGGACAGGGCGAGGCGCACGCAAGUCGGCUUCGCAGCAGCCAAACGCGAGCAACCAGGCGAUUGUCAACGUUGCCGCUCCAUCGCACCAAAACUCGCGACACCACUCGCAGCAGGGCGGGCACCCCUUCGCGGCCAACGCGAUGAACGCUGGCGAUUACGGAUAUGACGCGUCCAACCCGAACAAGGGCGCGCAGCCCAUCUCGCCCAUGAACGUCAACUCGCGCCCAAGCGGGCAGCAGGGCAACUCGCAGCAGCACGCAGACCCAGAGUAUCGCGAGAACCGCGGUGGGUUCUUGUCAUUCAUCACCUGCCGCGCUUGCCGGUAGCGACCGCCACGACCUCUUUUUUUCUUUUUUUCCAUCCCUAGACGUGUUUAUUUCUUUCAUGGGCUCGGAACCACGACAAUCAUCAUUACCCCACCCACUCGCUGCCUGUUGCUG